GAGGUAUUACACGCUCAAGCUGCAUUUCGUGUCGUAUCGUCACAUGUAGCUGGCGCUUCGGGGGUUUGUUGCGUUUCUCGGGAUUCUGCGGGAUAUCGUUGCGGUUUGGUGGGCUCUGGUGAUUUGCGCAGCUUGGAGCUGCUGUGGGUGUGGUGAAGUUCUUCAUAAUGUUUUGGCAAUUACCUGUGUUUGAUGCGUUUUUGACUUGUUUUCCUGGGGCGGCGACUGAGUGUAAUGGAGAAUUUUAGGUCUUAGCUUCUGGAUUGGUUCGUGAGUAUCUGUAUCGCGAUGUGUGAGAUGUGAGGAUUGGGGAUUGAUCCAGGGGUUCUUAUUUGGGGAUUCCUGGACUUUUUCCUGAGAUUAGGUCAAAGAGAAGCAGAGGAUUUGAAUAAGGAGAGAGGAAAACAUGGCUUUUCCGCGCAAGAAUGAGACUGUGAAGCUGGUGAGCGCAGAGGGUUUUGAGUUUAUCAUUGACCGGAAGGCAGCUGUUAUCUCCAAUACGCUGAGGAACAUGCUUUCGUCGGCUGGAAAUUUUUCGGAAACAGAGUUGGGAGUAGUGAAUUUCCCGGAAAUCAGUACUCCUAUUCUGGAGAAAGUGUGCCAGUACUUCUACUGGUUUUUGCAAUGUUCCAAUGGAAAGAAGACGGACUUUCACAUUGAGCCUGAAAUGACGUUGGAGCUCAUGAUGGCAGCCAAUUAUCUGCAUACCUGAGAGAUUCGACCGCUACACCACUAUAUCCUUGUCUUGUGAAUACGGUUGAUUAGGGUCAUGUUAAGGUUGACUGUAGCACUCAUUGUUAAUUGGAUGGUGUUGUUGGCUGGAAAUGGAGGGGAUUGUAGGAUUUGGGGCAUUGAGCAUGCUCAAUCCUUCUAACCAUUAGUUACACUGUAUAUUUUGCCUGAUUAUUUAUACCUUAGUUUCAUUGCACUGUGAUAGAAAGGAUUAUAAUGGAAUGGUCGAAUUUUGAGCUAACUGGAUGUCCACACUAGGGGGUUUUAUUCAAGACUCACACAGAGAUGUGAGUGCAAGUUCUGUCAUUUCAUCUCAUAUUGACCAUAUAGAAGUUUCUUAAACUGUACACUCAUGUAUGCAUACUUCGUAAAAAGAUGGACACGAAUUAUCUCAGUCUCAGCGUUGAACAUAUUGUGCGUCAACGCGAGAGUGGAUAUACUGUCGUGUUCUUUUUCCUCCC